AUGGGGGCAUCCGUGAAGAAGAAGAAGGAAAAGAAGAAGGACUUCCAAAAGCCCAAGCUCAAGGUCGGCAAGACCAGGCCCAAGAACACCAACGCCACCGAUAUCAGCUUCGCCGCGAAAUCAGUCGUCUUCAAGCAGCAAAGCCUGAGCGAGGCUGGGAGAGAUUCGGACGCUCUAUUCCAACACAACAUCUCUCUCCUCGGCAGCAGGAACGAAACGCAGCGCCGGGAUGCUUUGGCUUAUCUGACAACGGUAUGCAGCGCACAGCAGGGGAAGAAGCUCCCCCAACCGCCUGGAGUAAUCGUCGCAAAGGCCCAAUCCUUGAUUCUGGACGGCAACUCGCAAGUACGCCAGCAGCUUCUCAAGCUCUUGCGUGUCCUGCCAGUUGAUGAGAUCGGCUCUUUCGACUCAUUGCUACUAUACGCUCGAGCCGGGAUGGCGCAUCUCUCCAAGGACAUUUGCGCUUCUUCUCUGGACGUCCUGGACUGGCUGUUGGCUUCAGCUCCUUCAGCAGUCGUGUCAAGCGCUGGAGGAUGGGUAAAGACGUUGCGCGGCUUCCAGAACCUGCUUUCAUGGCACGAUAACUCCAACACUACCGUCUCCACGACUGUGAACGGCACAUGGUCAAAUUCCAAGUCAGCAUCAAAUCUAGGAAGCAGCAAACUUUUUGUCCACCAGCUGACGACACUAUCACAUCUACUCGUGGCUGGACUCAAGAAGCCAUCGCUUGACCACGAGUAUAACGUAGCUGCUCAAGAAGCUGCAAGCCUCUUCCCUCUCUCGCACAUGGACGCGCACGUACUACCCAGCAAGAGCAACCCGUUCGGCUAUCUGAACCUCUUCGGAUCGUCGAGGGAUGCCGAGAGCGAAGUUUACGAGGAUCCGGAGGAGCGAGCAGAAGUUUUCGUCGAGCUUGGAAUGGCAGAAACAUUUAGACACGGCGUUGUUGAAGCAAAGAAGGAGGGUGGGGAGGCCGGAAGGGCGGCAGCAUUGCGGCUGAUUUUGAACAAUUCAAAUGCCACUUGUUUGUUGGCAGCGGUGCAACAUGACUGUGCUGCGUUCACUGGAGACAUCAUGUACGACGUCCGGAUGACCCUGGCCUGCUCGGACUCUGCCCUCAUCGAGAUGCCCACUUAA